AUGUUUGGGAGUCAUACGUUUAAUGGAGAAGAUGGUGAAAGAGUGUAUGGGGUUACUUUGGCUGGUAAAGCUUUUGUUAAUGACGAACAUAAUGGAUCUUUGGCUGUUUUUACUAGCGACAAGGCCAACAUUGAAGUCUGUUGUUAUUAUCUAGUUGAUGUUGGAUACACAAAUUGUGAAGGAUUUCUUGCACCUUUUAGAGGACAAAGAUAUCAUUUGAAUGAGUGGCGUCAGGGUUACCAGCCAAGUACUUCAGAAGAAUUUUUCAAUAUGAAACAUGCUUCAGCGCGUAAUGUUAUUGAAAGAUGCUUUGGGUUAUUAAAACUUAGAUGGAGAAUACUUAGGAGUCCAUCGUUUUAUCCUGUGAGGGUGCACAAUAGAAUCAUUAUUGCCUGUUGUUUGCUCCAUAAUUUUAUUCGAACCUAUAUGAGUCUUGAUCCUAUUGAAGCAGAGUUGGGAGAAGGAUUACCUAGUAAUGUGAUAGAUGACGAUGAUUCGAAUAUCGUAAAUAUUCAUCCAUCAAAUGCAUGGGCUACUUGGAAAAUGGAACUAGCCAACCAAAUGUUCGAUGAAUGGCAAGCAUCUAGAAAUUAG